AUGGAGACAAGAGCUCAGAAUGGCAGUGGGUCCCAGUCUUUGCUACAGGUUCGGCAUGACGGUGGGAGGCAGCAGGGAGACUCCGACCUGAGGGAUGUUCUGACACAGCAGGUUCAUGUGUUGUCACUGGACCAGAUCAGGGCCAUCCGAAAUACAAAUGAGUACACAGAGGGACCUACAGUGGCUCCGCGACCAGGGGUUAAACCUGUCCCUCGUCCAGCUAGCCAGCACAAAAACGAAAGACCACAUGGCUUGCCUGAACAUCGUCAUCUUACCAGGGUCCAACAUGCACAGGUACAUACUUCCUCCCGGGCACCCCUGUCCCGUUCCAUCAGUACGGUCAGCACAGGUUCACGGAGCAGUACAAGGACAAGUACAAGCAGUAAUUCAUCUGAACACAGACUUUUAGGAUCAUCUUCAGGGCCAGUGGCUGAUGGGAUAAUCAGGGUGCAGCCCAAGUCUGAGUUCAAGACAAGCAAUCUGAAGCCCCUGAGCAAAGAAGACUUGGGCAUGCAUGCCUAUAGGUGUGAGGACUGUGGAAAAUGUAAGUGUAAGGAGUGCACUUCUCCAAGGACCCUGCCAUCCUGUUGGAUCUGUGACAAGCAGUGUCUUUGCUCAGCCCAGAAUGUGGUUGAUUAUGGGACUUGUGUUUGCUGUGUGAAAUGCCUCUUCUAUCACUGCUCUAAUGAUGAUGAGGACAACUGUGCUGACAACCCAUGCUCUUGCAGUCAGUCACAUUGCUGCACUAGAUGGUCUGCCAUGGGUGUUGUAUCCCUCUUUUUGCCUUGCUUGUGGUGUUACUUACCAGCCAAGGGUUGCCUUAAAUUGUGCCAGGGGUGUUAUGACCGGGUAAACAGGCCCGGAUGCCGCUGUAAACACUCAAACACAGUUUGUUGCAAAGUUCCCAGUAUUCCCCCCAGGAACUUUGAAAAGCCAACAUAG